GGAGCUGGAGGUGCUGCGAGCUCCGUGGGAGGAGCAGGAGCGCCGGCUGGCUGAAGCCAAGCAGCAGGCACAGGAGGCUCGCAGGGCAGCGGCUAUCACCUGGUGGAGAGCUCUGCGGCUGGAGGGCGAGAGGAGUCGGGCGGCGAGGGACGCUCAGGAGGCCACUGGACUCAUGCAGGAGCGGAUCCUCACCCUGGAGGCCCAGCUGAGGGCGGUCCAACUGGAGAAGGAGCAGCAGAAGGUGGAGCUCAGAGAUGCUCAGAGUCAGGCUGGGGCUGAAAAGCAGGACAGGGGGGUGGAGACGGAGGCGUCAGGUGACCCCGGCAGAGAUGAAGCAGCAAAGGAGCUGCUGGAGUCUCUCAGCAGGGUGGAGUCCGUGGUGGGCAGAGCACUGCAGGUCGCCCAGCUUCUCACUGAGGAGCAGAGCAAGGUGAAGAAGAGGCUGGAGGCCAUCAACCGCAGAGUGGAGGAAGCUGUGAGCAGAGCCACCCACACCCAGAACCAGCUCGGGGCUCUGGAGACCCGAAUGUCCAACAGCACAUUGUCCUCAGAUAUUUCCAUGCAAUAUAAUGCAAUCCCAGAGGAUUCUGGCAGUUCAGCAGUUGGUAGCAGAGGCAUCGUCGCUGACCCUGAUCUGGAGUCUGUCUCGUCUGAAUCUCAGCACAGCAGCAGCCCCAGACCGACAUCACCAAACACAGGUGGCACGCUUCUGCCCGCCGCAGCCGAGGAUAACAGCCACACGGGCUGUGACAGCGAGGAAGCAUCCCAGGACACUGAGGACUCUCCUGACUCAUCCGACCCGUGGGUGAACCGUCUCAGCACUGUUAUCUCACAGUUAUCUUCUCCUGCAGAUUUACUUCCCGUGGGACUGGUUUGCGAAGGAAGUCCUCCAGAGCAGAACACCUGCGAGAGAGCGUCUGCUGCUGCUCACAGCCCGUUACCGGAAACCUCCCCUCCGCCGGGCCCAGCCUGCGAGGAGCUCGCGCACGGUCCCACAUGGGAGAAUGUAGCCGGGUCGGAGGAACCAGACCGCGCUGAAGGCUCUCCAUCAAAGCUUGAAGAAAGCGAGAGCAGCAGAUUUAUAUUAGAAGAAGGUGAUAGCAGACAAACUGCCAGCCCUGAACCGAACAAACGCCCUAAAAGUAAGCAGGAGGACAGCGAAAGAAGAAGAAGCCAAGACGAGGCGGCAAGUUGUGGACGUUCAGAAUUAGACCCUGGUGGAGGGAAGACAGACUCUAAGCUUAUUGAAAAAGGACAAGCUACAAAAACAAACAACCAGGAGAGUCUCCAGGCUCUCAGUACAGCUGAUCUACAGGCAAAUGAAGGUGCGAAAACCAGCGGGAGCAGUGAAGAAGAGCCAGUAAACAGUGAAAGAAACCAAGAGGAAACAGGAAGCAACAGCGUCUUAAAGGAACCGCAGAUAAUCUCGACGUGCCAUACCAAAGAAGAAUUUGAAGCAUCUCAGGUCGACAGUGUUCAAGACUCUCAGCUACAGACUGCAGAUUCUGUUGGAGCACUAAAGCGUGCACAGGAUAUCUCUGCUGUAUGUGGUGGGUCCGGCUCUGCAGUUAAGCAGGCUUCUCCCAGGGUUCCUCAGCUCGUGGUCCCGGAGUCCGACACACCAUUUAUCUUCCCUCACACUCGCUCUCGUCCUCCAGCCACCCCCACCAUGCCCACCCUGCCUGAGGAGGAAGAGGAUUCUCCAGAGGAGGUCGACAGCUCCUCCAGCUCUCCCUCCAGUUACGUGCCUGUUGAAACCAAGCUAAUGAAUGUGAGCAUAGCUCCCCCUGCAAUCGUCCUGCCGAGACAACAGCAAGACAGCAAGCAGGAGCCCCUCCCUCUGGAGAAAGCCAGGCCGCACAGUCCCAGACCACGGCUAUCACGAACCUCUGGUUCCUCAGGGCCCAUCACUACAGUAGAUAAUGAUGGCCAUGUGAUAGACCUGGUGAAGGAUCAGCUCCCAGAGAUGCAGCUCUCUGAACAGGACCGGCAGAAGAACUUGGAGCUGCUGGAGGAGGCGAAGAAAGUGAGUGACCGCUUCCUGACCCGCAGGGGGCGCCGGUCCACCUGCAGCCUCACUGAGUCUCCUACAGCUCUCUCACCCAACCCAACGCCUGGCUCGUCUCCUGUACCCUCACGCAGCAGCUCCCUCUCCGCACCCCCACAAACAGAGGUCACAAUAAUCCCCCCUAUAAGCCAACCCAUCAGUCAGAGACUGGAGGUGCCGGCUGUGCGUGAUCACGGAGAAACGAGUAAACCGGAGCAGGAGAGUCUGAAGCGGCUGGUGGACUGGAAGCCUCCAGAGAAGCGUAAGGUUUCCUCUGGCACUCUGACUCCUCGCCACGCCGCUGCUGCCACCGUCAGAGAGCCGUCUGUAGCUCAGAAGGACAGUACAGAGCCGUUUGGACCCGUGGACAGGGGGAAGAUGCCGGGCUCGAGUGCAACGGCCCAAAAACCGGACAACCAGACCCCAGCAACCGGAGUGGCCAAACCUGUACCACGCCCACCUACUCAGCAAGCACCGUGCACCGCCGAGAUCAAAACCAUUGGAGCCUUCCCGCCCCUCAUGAGGGCGGUCUCCUGGGACACAGUGGGCUCCAUGAACAUGAGGAACGGUGCACCCAAAGGAGACGAAGAUCUCUCCUUCACAGACAAGCUGAAGUCUACUGGCUACAAGGACUUCCCUGCACCGCCCAUCCAGAAACUCUCCAAACUGAGAGAGGAACAUAAACUGAUAAGAAACCAGAGCAUCUCAGGGUCAAAGCUGCCGGAUCUGAGCGAGAUGGCCGAACAGGAGCGAGGUCCUGCCUCUCCUACAGCGGUCUUGUCAACAGAUGAGGAGUCGAAGGAGAAAGCAGAUGCCAUGCCCAACAUAUCAGACGUCAUGCUGCGCAAACUCAAACUACACAGAGGCUUACCUGGCUGUGCGCCUCCUCUCACAGAGAAAGAAGUGGAGAACGCCUUUGUUCAGUUGUCUCUGGCGUUCCGUAAUGAUAACUACACGCUGGAGACCCGGCUGAAGCAGGCCGAGAGGGAACGCAACCUCACAGAGGACAACACGGAGAAGGAACUGGAAGAGUUUAAGAACUCGCUGAAGGGCAUUGUGUCACUGUGGCAGAAUGCAGAGCAGAGGGAGUCCUACCAGCGGCUCAUCGAGACCCUGGCAGUUCUGCACCGCCUCGCCAACCGCCUGUCCAGCCGGGCGGAGAUGGUGGGGGCAGUGCGGCAGGAGAAACGAAUGAACAAGGCUACAGAGGUGAUGCUGCAGUACGUGGAGAACCUGAAGAGAACCUAUGAGAAGGAUCAUGCAGAACUGAUGGAGUUUAAAAAGCUGGCCAAUCAGAACUCCAACCGCUGCAGCUCCAUAGAAACUGGAGAUGAUGGAGUUCCACGUGCAUCAAGGUCCAUGUCUCUGACUAUGGGAAAGGCUUUACCCAGACGGAGGGUCAGUGUGGCUGUAGUUCCAAAGUUUAACCUCCUGAACAUCCCUGGCCAAACUCCAGCCACUGCAGGUGCCGGCCCCGGAGCUCUCCCCGGAGCUGCCCCCGGCCCUGGCCUUGCCUCUGGUGGCUCCAGCACUGGCCCAGGUGCCCUUCCUGUACUGUGUGAGGCAAACAGUGUGAAGAUCGAAACACCUUCAGAUCCAGCGCAACCAGCUACGGGAGAAAAUGGAAAAGUUCAGCCUGAGCAGGAAGGCGAGGCAGCCGCACCGGCCAAAGCUUCCUGCAGCCUGGAGGAGAUCAGAGCAGAGAUCAAGGCCAAGAUUGAAGAGGAAGCCUACAAUAAAGGGUAUCAGGAAGGACUGAAGAGACUCAAAGAGCUUCAGGAAGUGAAGGAGGAGGAAGAGAAAGCAGAAGAAAAGCUGAUUGAGUCUGAGGAGAUAACUGGAGAAGAUUUUGAAAAAGAAAAGAAGCCAAACAGCAGGUAUGAGGAGGCACUGGAAGUCCUGGACCGGAUUUGCCCAAAAAUAUUCAAACGGAAUCGGACUCUGUGGAUUAUCUUAACUUUAUUCUUAGUUACGUUCCUGCUGGUGAAUCUCGUAAACCUCUUCAGCUACCAUUACAGCGUCCAAGGAGACACAUCGGCGGAGAAGUCUGCUAUUCCAGGCAAGAAGAAGUUUUUAGGACUGCACGUAGGAUCUAAGAGUCCCACGCCCGAGUAGAUCCGAUCCUACACACGCCCACCUUCCAGAUACAGUCCGAGGACUUACUUACAACUCACUGCUGAUGAGGAUCUUCAGAUCACUGAUUAAUUCAGUUCAGAACUGUUUUAGAGAAGCCUUUGAUUUGUAAUGGACUAAAUCACCAUUCAUUCUUCUUUAGGGACCAAUAAAGCUUAUAGUGUACAGUAAAAUAUUAAAUAUACACUUAUUGGCAAAAAACAACGCACCAAGCUGGAGCUGUUGGAAUGGAUUUUUUUUAUAGUUUAUUUUUUAUAUGUGUGAAUGCAGACCACUUCAGUUUCUGAAUCAGUUUCUCUGAUUUAGCUAUUUAUAGGUUUAUGUUUGAGUAUAAUAUACAUUGUUGUUUUAUUCUAUAAACUACGGACAACAUUUCUUCCAUUUAAUUCCAAAUAAAUGAUUUGCAGAAAAUGAGAAAUGGCUGAAAUAAAAAAAGAUGCAGAGCUUUCAGACCUCAAAUAAUAAAGUUCAUAAAGUUUUAAGAGUUCAGAAAUCAAUAUUUGGUGGAAUAACCCUGCUUUUUUAUCACAGUUUUCAUGCAUCUUGGCAUCAUGUUCUCCUCCACCAGUCUUACACACUGCUUUUGGAUAUCUUUAUGAUGCCACUCCUGGUGCAAAAAUUCAAGCAGUUCAGUUUGGUUUGAUGGCUUGUGAUCAUCCAUCUUCCUCUUGAUUAUAUUCCAGAGGUUUUACAUUAGGUAAACAUACUGUAACUGCAUACAGAGUUCUGCAGCAACCCAGGGUGCGUUAUUUUUUGUCAGUGAUUGUAGAUUUAUUAGUUUUGUUUGAUUUUUUCCUUUUCAACUAUCAUUAACUACCAACAUUUUUCUAAGCUAACCUUGAAAUAAGCACCAUCUGACAUUUGACAAACUGUAUUUCUUAUUAGUCAAACUUUACUAUUCUACUUCUCAGGUUUUUAUGAGAUGAAAUUUAGUACAAUAUUUAAAAGACCUGUAGACUUUGGUAUGGUUUUUAAAAUCUUUGAUAAUGUAUGCAUAGUUUUAUUUGACAUUCCAAGGUAGCUCCUGAAGUGCAAUAUUCCUGCAACACAUGAUUUUUGGAUUUUUUUUGAGAUUUGAUUUGAUGUGUUGGAUGGUGUCUUUACAGCACAAGGGUGUGAACAAUUUCCCAGACAUUUUUUAGAGAGCACUUUUUAAUUAGCAUGAGAGAUUUCCUUUUAGAUAUUUGCACAUGUGUGUUAAUGGUUGUGCCACUUCACCUUUUAAUAAAGGUGCCUUAAAAAAACAUGCUCAUCAUUUUUGAACAGUGGUGUUCACAAUGCACUAUACAGUACUGAAAGUUGUUAUACUGUUACUACUGUUUCAGAUGCACCAACAUGCCACAUUUUAAUAAUAUAAGAACUAGUAUCAUGUCCCAUGACUUGGCAUGUGGCAUGCAUUAUAUUGUAGGCUGUAAGAGCAAGCAUCAUUUUCUGAGUCACUAACUCUGUGCCGGCCGUGUUUUCUGUACUGUUUUCUCUAUAGCAUUUUUUUCUCUAUUUAAUUUUCUGUAUAAUUUAAAUUCUGUAUUUUACUUAAGUAUAAUUAUUGUGCAAACCAAUUGGCAGAACUUAAAAGCAUCACAUGUAUCAGUUGAAUCAACUUAAAAUAACUGUAUAGAGCAGAGUUUAGUUUGUUGCCAGUGUCAGCUUUUUUCUAUUGGCUUUUGGCACAAUCUAUGUGCCUCUCAGUUUCUGACAAUCACCAUCAGUGUGUAGUUGUUCCCCCAGAAAACCUUGUAGAUCAUGCAGUAUGAUUAACUGCUUGGCCUCUAUGUUGUAGGCUGUAAGAGCAAGCAUUGUUGACUGAGCUACUAGCUCUGUGUUCACUGUGUUUUCCUAUAAUGUUCUCUCCAUUUAAUUUUCUUUA